AUGGGUUCUGUAGCCGAUUCUCCCUCUCAUUCAAACUUUGACGAGCUUCCUCUGCACCCAAGCCAUCCAAAAGCUUCAGCAUGGGGCUUGUGGGGUAAGGAUGAUGAGCUCGGUACAUUGAAUAUGUUAACUACUGAAAGAGUACAAGAAGCAUUGCGCGAAAUCAUGAGUGGCGAUAGAGUUCCUCUGAAUCUCGCGAUGAAUGCAUUUAUCCAACCUAUGAACCCCGCCCGGAAGCCAUGUGACCAUCGUAUCAAGGUAAAAGGUAGUGCCAAUGAUAACGAGCUGCAUAUCAACACACAAGGGGCCAACACACAAGGGGCCAGCCAUUGGGUUGAGUUGAGACAUUACCCUUACCAGCGGUCUCUACAGUACUACAACGGUAUAAGACAAGAAGACAUAUCUGGUCCAUCAGCAAAUCAUCGGAUAGGAAUACAGAAUAUUGCCAAAAACCCCAUCACAGGCCGAGGUGUUCUCCUGGAUUGGGCCUCAUGGGCUAAUUCACAAGGGAUCCAAUAUGCCAGCUUCUCCACAUACUCCAUCCCUCUCUCCCAGCUUGUCUCUGUUGCCUCUUGCCAAGGAGUAUCAUUUCACCGAGGUGAUAUAUUGUUUUUACGCACAGGCUGGUUGGCAGAUUUCAGAUCCCUAAGCAAAGACGAGCAAGCUGACCUCCCUUACCGCGCUGUACGGUCCUCUAUUUGUCUGGAAGCUAGCGAAGAGAGCAUCCGCUGGCACUGGGAUAACGCCUUUGCUGCUGUAGCAAGUGAUACUGGGGCAUAUGAAGCCUGGCCAAGUCCACAGACAUGGGGAGUGACCAUGCACGAAGUGUUUCUCAGUGGCUGGGGACUACCAAUUGGUGAAAGCUUCGAUUUAGAAGAACUAGAAAGGCUCUGCAGAAACAGAGGGAAGUGGACUUUCUUCGUGGUUAGUGUCCCAUUGAACGUUCCUGGUGGCGUUGCCAGUCCCUCGAAUGCAGUAGCGAUCCUGUAAAGAAAUUAUGUGGUAGUUCUUCGGGCCGCAAAUAUCUUGGUUUGGCGAACAGGUGGCCGUCAUUAAACCUCAGUCUCAAUGUGCUGUAUACUUAGCCAUGGAAGCGCGCUGAGCAGUGGCUAUAGCUAAAUGCAAGUGGAGCAAAUAUUAGGCGACAGAAAAGAUAUUCACUGUUAAUGAUAGGAUUGAUCAGGAUUUCUCCUUGGCUAUGUUACUGAAAAAUAAGUUUGAAUGCAGAAAGAAGCUUAUUGUUCAAAAG